CUCUAAUCUGUCUGCGGUAUUGUAGAGGAAAUCUCAUUCCUUCGAAUCAGGAAUAAGCCAAAAAGGCGCUGAUUAAUUAUUACACAUAUAUAAUAGGGACAUGCACAUCACCCCAGAAAUGCGCAACGUUAAAUAGGCGGGGCUUGAGAACCAGAAGCAUAUUGCAAGUGCUACACAGUACACGAGAAGGAGAUCAAAUAGAGACGUAAAUACAUAUGGCGUUCAUACAACGAGGUGUGGUGAGCGAUGGGAAGAGAGUGAUGAGUCUGGAGGAGUUCAAGCGGUGGCUCAUGAGAUUUGAUUCUAACGGAGAUGGCAGAAUCAGCCAUUCUGAACUGAGGGAGGCCGUGCGACUCUGCGGCGGCCUUUUUGCUUCCUGGAAGAGCAAGAGAGGCAUUAAAUCUGCAGAUUCUGAUCACAAUGGCUUCAUUGAUGACAAUGAGUUCAGGAACCUCGCCCACUUUGCUGACAAGUACUUGAACAUCAGGAUCACCAAGUUCUGAUUUUUCUUUAAAAUUUCAUUCCUUCGGGUGAUCUGCCCCAUUUGAUCAAUUUUCCUCUCUGCUGAUUAGUUUCAUUCUUCUGUAGCUUUGUAUAUUCACACAAACUGAUCACCCAAGUUAAACGUGUGCUGGAUCAAUCUUAAGAAGGGCUAGUUCUUCAAUUUCCCUUCCAUCUAAUCUGUCGCUGCAAUGCUAAGAAUCUUAAUUCCCUUUGGGGCUGUAAAAUGAUCUCAACCCUUGCGCCGUAGAAAAAAAAUAGUGUAUUUUGUAAUUUAUAUCAAUAUUUUGUAAUAUUUGUAGUUUGUGUACGGGUGUCCUUGAUGGCCCAAGUUGAAUACCACACACACACACAUAGGGUUUGUACAUAGUGUUCAGUUAGUGGAAAAUAUUUAUGAGUCAUGGAUACUCACGUAUCAUUGGUUGCUCAUUGCACCUUGAACGAAAACAUUGAAUGGAAAAAAUAUUUUCCGUUAAUUGAACACUAUGUACGAACCAUAUAUAUAUAUAUAUAUAUUUAGUAUUCAA